AAUAAAACACAAAUUAAAAACAUUCUCAAAAACAGUCUUCACAAAACAGCAUCGACGAAGCAUGUUCUUCACAAUCGCUUAUCUCCACUGAAACCUGAUUUCCAUCGCUUAUCACCAUCGCUUUUCUUUUGUUCCCAACACGCAGACGAACAUUUCCUAUUGCUCCCAUUCAAUCGCUUCAUUGGAGGUCAAAAUUGCUUGUGUGAGUAAGGUUUAAUAUGGAAAACUGCGACGAUUCUGUUGAUGUUGAUUCCAAUCACGUUCAUUCCACUGAUGGUGAUACAUCUCAUGUUGAAUUGAAUGACGAUGAGGAUGACAGUUAUUCGGUAUCAAGUGGCGAUGAUGCUGACGAUACAUCUCAAAGUUCAGAUAAUGGCGAUGAUGCUGGCGAUACAUCUCAAAGUUCAGAUAAUGGCGAUGAUGCUGAUAAAAGAGAUGAUGAUAAACCUGUUGAAGUAAAUGCAGUUGUAGGUGAUGGAGUGGGGUAAGUAUAAAUUCUAUGACUUCUGAUGAAAUCCGUGCUUUGGAAUUUGGUACUGUUGAUGAAGCAUGUGAAUUUUAUUAUCGGUAUGGUAAAUCUAAAGGUUUUGCCAUUAGGAAAAGUGAAAUUAGGAGAAGAGGCCCUGAAGGUAGUAAAAAAAUAGUAAUGAGGCAGUUUGUAUGCAAUAAACAUGGGUUAAGAGCGAAGAAAUACUUGUGCAAGAUAGAUAGGAAAAGAGAGCACAGACGUUUGACCCGUACUAAUUGCGCAGCUAGGCUUCAUGUGCACUAUAAACCCAAAAAGGAUAGGUAUGUAGUGUCAAUUUUUGAAGAGGGUCAUAAUCAUGAAUUAACCCCGUCUAGGUAUGUGCACUUACACCCCACUUAUCGGCAAAUUUCUGAAACAGAUAGAGCUCAAAUUGAUGGUCUUCAGUCACGUGGAAUUAGAACAUGUCAUAUAAUGGGAUACAUGGUUGCUCAGAAGGGUGGAUAUUCUAGUGUUGGGUUUACAAAGAAAGAUCUUUACAAUUAUUUUGAUAAAAAAAUGCGUGACAUUAUUAAAGAUGGUGAUGUUGCCGCUUCUCUAAAUUAUCUAAAUGUAAAAACAUCUACUGAUCCCAUGCUCUAUGCUGAAUAUGCCGUCAACAACAAUGAUGGACGAAUGAAGUCUAUUUUUUGGGCUGAUGGGAGUAGUAGAUCUGACUAUUUUUGUUUUGGUGAUGUGCUUGCCUUCGACACAACUUACCAAAAGAACAAAUACAACUACCCAUUGGUUAUAUUUUCAGGGUGUAACCACCACUCCCAGAUAGUUAUUUUUGGUGCUGCAAUAGUAUCGGAUGAAACGACAGAGACAUAUAAGUGGGUGUUGAAAUGUUUUUUAGAGUGCAUGGAAAAGAAACACCCAAAAGCAGUGGUGACAGAUGGAGAUGAGGCUAUGAGGGAGGCUAUAAAACAUGUUUUUCCUAAUGCGACCCAUCAGUUAUGUUCUUGGCAUUUGAAUAAGAAUGCAAGUGAUAAUGUAAAGAAUUCAGAAUUUUUGGCAGGUUUUAAAAAAGCCAUGUACUCAAAUAUUACAAAGGAUGAAUUUGAAGAGUUUUGGUCAGAGCUGAUUAAAGAAAAUAAACUUGAACGAAAUCCUUGGGUUGCCAAAACGUAUGCGAACAAGUCAAUGUGGGCAACUGCAUAUCUACGUGAUAAGUUUUUUGGAUGUUUUAGAACAACGUCUCAAUGUGAAGCUGUUAAUGCAAUAAUCAAGAGUUAUACCAGGAAGAAAUGCUCCAUUUUUGAAUUUAUACACAAUUUUGAGCAGGCUCUGAGGGACUACAGAAACAAUGAAGUGGUUGCUGAUUUUAAAUCAAAGUGUACAGAACCUGUGUUGACAACUCACCUGCAUUUGAUUGAGAGUGAUGCCGCUAAAGUUUAUACGGCAGAGAUUUUCAUUGAAGUUAAAGAUCAAAUUAUGAAGGUUGGUGCAUUGAUUGUUAAGGAUAAACAUGAAGUUGGGGAUACGAAGAUUUAUACAUUGAAAAAGUAUUGUCAGGAUAAUUAUGAAAGAGAAGUUGUUUAUGAUGGUUCAACAUUUUAAUGUUCGUGUAGGUUAUUUGAUUUUCGUGGCCUUCCCUGUUCUCAUAUUUUUUAUGUCAUGAAGGAAGAAAAUAUUGACCACAUUCCUAGAAGUUUGGUAUUGUCGCGUUGGACGAAGGAUGCCAAAAUUGAAUAUUUGAACAUGGAUUGUAAUGAUACAGUUGAUUCGAAUAUGAUUGAGCUUGCUCGUUUUGGUGCAUAUUGUUCUGUUUUGACCCGUUUUUGCAAUAAAGCUUCUAAAAAGAGUGGUGUUUAUCAAGAAAUAAUGGAUGACAUCAUGAAUUUAGAAAAAAAGUAUUGCAGUAAUGAUGAUCCUACUGGGACACAAAAGUCAGCCGUAGGUGAUUCAAUUGCGGUGAAGGGUAAAGGUGCUUAUUUUCAUUGCCAAUUUGUAUACGUUGUUUUAUUCAAAGCAGUUUAUUGCUUAUUUUCAUUGCCAAUUUGUAUUAUGUCAAAAGAUCAAAACUGAGGUGAUUUUAUAUUCCAAACAGAGUUGAUAGUGUGUCUGUGUUUCUA